UGACCGAUCAAGUGUGACUAACGCAAUGUUUACACAAAUUGAUUCAUUUCAAACUAUUGCUUAGUCCACAUAAAACUAUAGCCAUAUUACCUCACAUAAUAAUCGAUAAGAUAAACGCUUGUAACAUUAAAAUUAUUCACAUAAUUUAUAAAAAAUGGGUAAACUCCUAACAAAAUGUGUGUCCUCCGGUGAGCGUGCCAGUGAAAAUAACAAUUCAGAAAAACCACAACUCAAUGGUGCCAAAAAAAACAAAGUCGCUCAAACAAAAACUAACAUUUCGGAUGCAAGCCCGAAACCAACAAUGGCUGAUAGAGCAGUACCAAAGCGCCAAAUAGAAUAUUAUUAUAAAAUGGAUCACAAAAAACGUGGAAUAGCUUUGAUUUUUAAUCAUGAAAAAUUUUAUGAUUUCGACGUUACAACUCGCAUUGGAACCAACAUCGAUCGAGAUCGAUUGCACCAAACAUUCAGCGGUCUUGGUUUUGAUGUUAUCAUACAUAACGAUCGCACGGAAAGAGAAAUAAAAACUAUUUUGCAAGAAGUUGCCGAUAUGGAUCAUUCGGACAGUGAUUGUUUGGUGGUGAUAAUGUUGUCACACGGUGCGUUGAUACCAUUUGUGGACUAUACAACAGGCGAAGAGUCCAGCACGAUUUUGUCUCACGAUUUGAUGGGUUACAUUUAUGCAAAAGACCGUCAAUAUCCUCUGCAGACAAUCUGGCGAUAUUUUACGGAUGAAAAUUGUCCAACACUGAAAAACAAACCACGAAUAUUUAUAAUUCAAGCGUGUCAAGGCGAUAGAACUGACGAAGGGUUCAAACUGCUGGCGAAAAGAAGUUUAGAAAGGCGCAUUGAAACAGAUGGAAUACCAUUUCAACCAAUAAAAUUGGAGUCAUCGUUACCACAAAAUGACUUUCUGAUUGCGUACGCCACGUUGCCCGGAUUUUUCUCAUUUCGAAACACGGAAAGAGGUGCCUGGUUUGUGCAAACGCUAUGCAAGGAAAUAGAUGAACGCAAAAGCAAUUAUGAUCUAAUCAAAAUUCUCACAUUUGUAAAUCAGACAGUGGCUUACGACUACCAAUCAAAUGCAAAUCGAUCUGAAUUGAACCAAAAGAAACAAAUGCCGUGUGUCAUGUCCAUGCUUACAAAAUUACUCUUAUUUCCAAAAAAGGAAAUUGUUUAUUAUUAUUAACAAAUGUUAUUUUAUGAAUUAUAUUUAUUGUUCGAUUUGUAUUGUUUCCAUAUUUAUGAACGU